AUGCUUGUGGUUUUGAUGCGUCGCGUCACACAGACACUCUUCCCCUUCUCCACUAUGUCCGCCUGUCCGCCUUAUGCACCGUUCUUUGGCUUUGCUGGUGUCUCUUCAGCCAUGGUGCUCAGCAGUAUGCGUUAUAUCCAAAACUCACAUUCGUCAUCUGAAUCUCACUCCCCAGCCAUUGGUGCUGCAUAUGGGACUGCGAAGGCGGGAAUAGGCAUUGCUGGCCUAGGAACAUUCAAACCUGAACUCAUCAUGAAGUCACUCAUUCCCGUGGUCAUGUCUGGAAUCAUCGCCGUAUAUGGUCUUGUUGUGUCGGUUCUCAUCGCUGGUUCAUUAACACCAACAAAUUACCCCUUAUUUGCUGGCUUUGUGCAUCUCGGCGCAGGGUUGGCGUGUGGCGUUACGGGUAUGGCUGCUGGAUACGCGAUUGGGCUCGUUGGAGACUCGUGUGUCCGCGCUUUCGUUCAAGAACAGAGAGUGUUCGUGGGAAUGGUACUCAUACUGAUUUUUGCUGAAGUGCUCGGUCUUUAUGGACUUAUUGUCGCCCUGAUCAUGAACACAAAAGCUACGACCAUGGGAGAUGUUUGCCUUUGA